CACAUUGAUGUUUCCGAGAAGAAAGUCUAACAAAACCAAGGCUGCGAAACUGGUUAUUAAUUUCUUCAACAACCUCCUUUUCUUUUCAUUUCAUUUCACGAUCUUCCCAAUUUCUCUCGCAACUUCCCUGAAAACCCAGCAAUUUUCUCGAGAAUAUCUCCAUGGCUAAGAAGGCAGGAAUAUUUGAUUUGGAGACCCACUUUGCCUUCUAUGGAGCUUACCACAGCAACCCGAUUAACAUUUUCAUACAUACAUUAUUUGUGUGGCCAAUCUUCUUCACUUCUCUUAUUCUCUUCUACUUUACACCUUCGAUAUACGAUAUAUCUCAAAUUGGGUCUGGUGGUAGUCAUGGACUGUCGCUGAAUUUUGGCUUCUUUUUCACUCUAAUCUAUGCUGUGUUUUAUGUGUGCUUUGAUAAGAAAGCUGGAACUUUGGCUGCUAUGCUUUGCUUUGCGUGUUGGAUUGGUGCCAGUUUCAUUUCUGGGAGGCUUGGUUUUUCUUUGGCUUGGAAGGUUGUGCUGGCAGCACAAUUGUUUUGUUGGACUGGACAGUUUAUAGGCCAUGGUGUGUUUGAGAAACGGGCUCCUGCUCUUCUUGACAACCUUGUACAAGCCUUUCUGAUGGCUCCUUUCUUUGUAUUGCUCGAGGUUCUUCAAAAAGUCUUCGGAUAUGAACCAUAUCCAGGGUUUCAUGCAAGUGUCAAGGCAAAGAUAGAUGCGGAGAUCAAGGAAUGGAAGGACAAUAAACGAAAGAAAUCCACUUAGCUUACAGAGUCAUCAAAACAGGCAACUAUGAUGCUACUUUAAGUUAGAAUCAAAGUGGAAAAUUUGACGUGUGAUGUUGUGUUAUCAAACUAGAGACAUCUUCUAUGUACUGAAAGGUUUCUUGGACUUCUUGGACACAGAUCACAAUCUUAUUGCCAACACGAAUGUCUCUAUAAGUCACUAAUAUCCGGUUUUUGAUUUUGUUGUGAA